AUGCGAAGUCUUCUGAACUUCGUUCUCCUCCUCCUACUAAUCAGGAUAUCAGUAUCUGAACACAAGAAAACUUGUGAAGAGAUUGAAGAAGGAUUCACGAAGGAAGUGAAUGCCCGCCAACAGCAAGUUUGCACAUGUGCAGAAAAUGGAAUUUUCAGCACAGUCAAUGGUUUCACUAUUGAAUGCGAAUCGGCCUCUCUUGAAACAAUUACUGCAAAUCUUGUCUCAUUGAAUGGAACACCUAUUGGACGUUUGACAGUCCGAGACUCUUCAUUCAAUGUCCUCCCAGCUUCUAUGUUCGAUAGUGUCUCAAUCAAACAAGUGAAAUUCGAAGAAUGUAAACUUUCUGGACUUGGUCCAAAAUCAUUCACUGGGCUUGGAGACUCGGUUGAAUACAUUUCUCUUCGUGAAAAUGUUCUUCCAAAAAUCAGUAAAGGAGCUUUCAAUGGACUCACUAGCCUGAAAACACUUGACAUGGCAAGCAACGCCAUCGAAGAAAUCGAGGCAGGAGCAUUUGAAGGGCUCAAAUCAGCAGAACAUCUGAUUCUCAACGAAAACAAAUUGACUCAACUAACACCAAAAAUAUUCGUUGGACUGAAAGGAUUAAAGCGAUUGACGAUUGAGAAUUGUGAACUCGAAACACUUCAAAAAGGAGCAUUCCAAGGUCUGGAUAGUCUUGAAGAGCUGAUACUGUCCAAUAAUCAAAUCAGAGACGUUGAUUGGUCCGUUUUCACUCCACUCAAAAAUAUCCGAGUUCUAGAUUUGGGAUCUAACAACAUCUCAAAUGUCGAAUUGAAAUCUUUUGCAAAACUUGAAAAGCUGGUUCUCAAUAACAAUUCCAUCGAUACUAUGAAAUCUAUCAAGCUGAAAGAUCUCCCAGCCCUCGUUGUUGCUCUAUUCGACCGUAAUAAGAUUCAAUCAAUCAAUGAUAUGGAUAUGUUUGGAUUAACUAGAUCUGAUCGCAUUCAAACAAUGUCCCUUGCAUGGAACAAUUUAAGUCAAAUCAGUGCAAAAGCAUUUCAACACACACCUAAUCUGAUCAACCUUCUUCUUCAAAACAAUCAAAUCGAGGAACUUUCAAGCAACUCCACUACUCUUGUCCGUACACCGUUCCUAGCCAUUCUCAAGAAGUUGAUCACUCUCCAGCUUUCAUCAAACAAUCUCUCGAUUAUUCGUUCUGAUGAACUUCCAAAGUCUUUGAUCUACCUGGCUCUCGACCAAAACGUCCUCACAAAAAUCGAGGCUCGUGCUCUUGAAGGAAUGACUCUCAAGCGGCUUUACUUGAACAAAAACAAGAUGCGUUACUUGUAUCGUGGAGCUUUCGAUUCAUUUGAACCAACUUCAAUGGAAGCUAUUGAUCUCUCAUCGAAUGCAUGGCUUUGCUCUUGCAAUGAUCCAAAAGAAUGGCUGCCACGUUGGCUAUCAGAAGCCGAGGAAGCCGAUGUUUCCGAGGGACCACUUGGAUGUCUUGCCAUUCCAGAAUGCGGACAAGAGGAAGAUCCAAACAAAUUCCAUAAUGAAAAGGAAGAAGUCGUGAGAUCUGGAUGGAUUACUGUAGCUGCUACAGUUUUGACUAUCAUCACCAUCAUCAUCAUGAUCAUCAUUGCAAUGCUUUACUUCAAGGAUUAUAAGUAUCAGUUCCCUCUUCGCGGACGUCGUUCAGAUUCGGAUCUUCACAAACUCAUUGAAAAUGAUCCAUUGAAUUUGCCAUCUGAUUCGAUUCUUGUUGUUCCGGCAAUGCCGAAACGGAAUCCACCAGGGCCUAAGAAAACAGUACGAUUCGAUGAGACCUCAUAA